GGCGGGGGGCGGGGGGGCCGGGCCUGGGAGCCUGAGGCUGAAAUUGACAGUCACCCCUGGCAGGAGGGUGAGCCUGCGGCUUUCUGUCUCCAUCAGACCCCGGCCCCGCAGGAGCAGAUUUCCGUGGCGUUUGAACUCUUAUCUCAGGGACCUGAAGCACAAGGUGUGAGUAGCAUGGUCACGUGCAGGAGCGAUGAGCGGCUCCGGCAACCUCAUGGAUUUUCUGGAUGAGCCAUUCCCUGACGUGGGGACGUACGAGGACUUCCACACCAUCGACUGGCUGAGGGAGAAGUCGCGGGACACCGACAGGCACAGAAAGAUCACCAGCAGGAGCAAGGAGUCCGUGUGGGAGUUCAUCAAGGGCCUGCUGGACGCCUGGUCGGGAUGGGUGGUCAUGCUGCUCAUCGGGCUGCUGGCGGGCACCUUGGCCGGGGUCAUCGACCUGGCCGUGGACUGGAUGACGGACCUGAAGGAGGGCAUCUGCUUGUCCGCCUUCUGGUACAGCCACGAGCAGUGCUGCUGGACCUCCUCCGAGACCACGUUUGAGGACAGGGACAAGUGCCCGCUGUGGCAGAAGUGGUCGGAGCUGCUGGUCAAUCGCUCGGAGGGUGCCAGCGCCUACAUCCUGAACUACCUGCUGUACGUCCUGUGGGCCUUGCUCUUUGCGUUCUUGGCCGUCUCCCUGGUGCGUGUGUUUGCGCCCUACGCCUGUGGCUCAGGUAUCCCCGAGAUAAAGACCAUCCUGAGCGGCUUCAUCAUCAGGGGCUACUUGGGCAAGUGGACCCUGCUGAUCAAGACCGUCACCCUGGUGCUGGUGGUGUCCUCGGGCCUGAGCCUCGGCAAGGAAGGGCCCCUGGUGCACGUGGCUUGUUGCUGUGGCAACUUCUUCAGCAGCCUCUUCUCCAAGUACAGCAAGAACGAGGGCAAGAGGCGCGAGGUACUUUCAGCUGCGGCUGCUGCCGGGGUCUCCGUUGCGUUCGGUGCUCCAAUUGGCGGUGUGCUUUUCAGCCUGGAGGAGGUCAGUUACUACUUCCCCCUGAAGACCUUGUGGCGGUCCUUCUUCGCGGCCCUGGUGGCGGCCUUCACGCUGCGCUCCAUCAACCCCUUUGGGAACAGCCGCCUCGUUCUCUUUUACGUGGAAUAUCACACGCCCUGGUACAUGGCCGAGCUCUUCCCCUUCAUCCUGCUGGGCGUCUUCGGGGGCCUGUGGGGCACCCUCUUCAUCCGCUGCAACAUCGCCUGGUGCCGGAGGCGCAAAACCACCCGGCUGGGGAAGUACCCGGUGCUGGAGGUCAUCGUGGUGACCGCCAUCACCGCCAUCGUCGCCUACCCCAACCCCUACACACGCCAGAGCACGAGCGAGCUCAUUUCCGAGCUGUUCAAUGACUGCGGGGCCCUCGAGUCCUCCCAGCUCUGCGACUACAUCAACGACCCCAACAUGACCCGGCCCGUGGAUGACAUUCCCGACCGGCCGGCCGGGCGCGGGGUGUACACGGCCAUCUGGCAGCUGGCCCUGGCGCUGGUCUUCAAGAUCGUCAUCACCAUCUUUACCUUCGGCAUGAAGAUCCCGUCCGGCCUCUUCAUCCCCAGCAUGGCUGUGGGGGCCAUGGCGGGCAGGAUGGUGGGCAUCGGCGUGGAGCAGCUGGCGUACCAUCACCACGACUGGAUCAUCUUCAGGAACUGGUGCAGGCCCGGAGCGGACUGCGUCACCCCGGGACUCUACGCAAUGGUGGGAGCAGCAGCCUGCCUAGGUGGCGUGACCAGGAUGACGGUGUCAUUGGUGGUCAUCAUGUUUGAAUUAACCGGGGGUCUGGAGUACAUUGUCCCUUUGAUGGCAGCAGCCGUGACCAGCAAGUGGGUGGCCGACGCCUUUGGGAAAGAAGGCAUCUAUGAGGCCCACAUCCACCUCAACGGAUACCCAUUCCUGGACGUGAAGGAUGAGUUCACGCACCGCACGCUGGCCACCGACGUCAUGCGGCCGCGGCGCGGGGAGCCCCCGCUGUCCGUGCUCACCCAGGACAGCAUGACCGUGGAGGACGUGGAGACGCUCAUCAAAGAGACCGACUACAACGGCUUCCCGGUGGUGGUGUCCCGGGACUCCGAGCGCCUCAUUGGAUUCGCCCAGAGGAGGGAACUGAUUCUCGCCAUAAAGAACGCCAGGCAGAGGCAGGAGGGCAUCGUGAGCAACUCCAUCAUGUACUUCACGGAGGACCCCCCCGAGCUGCCGGCCAACAGCCCGCAACCCCUGAAGCUGCGCCGGGUCCUGAACCUCAGCCCUUUCACGGUCACGGACCACACCCCCAUGGAGACGGUGGUGGACAUCUUCCGGAAGCUGGGGCUCCGCCAGUGCCUGGUGACGCGGAGCGGGAGACUUCUUGGCAUCAUCACAAAAAAGGAUGUUCUGAGACAUAUGGCCCAGAUGGCAAACCAGGACCCUGAAUCCAUCAUGUUUAAUUAGAAACAAGAUGGCAGUCGUUUUGAGAAAAACACAACUGUGUCAUUUUAAAAGAAGUAAACAAGUGAUAUGUUAUUAUCCUAAUGAAUGACCCAGAAGCUUUGUUUGAAAGGAAGGGAAGAAGGAUGAAACGUUUGUUAAAAAAAUACACCAAUGAGUAGGCAUUUUAUAGCUUUAACUCCUUAUGAGUUUCAAAUUGUGUUUGUUAAUGAAUUUACUAACUGCUACGGGGGCAGGUGGGUGGGUGUGGACGAUGGAACACAAAUGCCGAAUCAAGAAAUGUUUGCCCUUCUGUUCAAGGCUGGUGUUUCUGAAGCUUUGAGUCCCAAAGGCAGAGGGGUAUCGGGGUGCCAGUGCCCUUAUUCAUUGGUUCCUGAAGUUUUGCUGCUAUGUUACUGAGUUGGACUAAAUGUAUUUGCACUUACUUUGUUGGAAAAGGAAAAGAAUUUAAGUGUGAACAUAGUGAAAGCUGCAAGUAUGGGGUCACGCAUGAACAUCCCCUUUCUCGCUCCUGUUCUCAGUCUAUUUGCUUAGCCAUCAGUUUCUAAACCAACAUCAGGCUCACCUGUUAUGAUGAGUCUGAAGAAAUCAUUUCUCUAUGCAAGACCAGCACCUUGGGCCAGCCCGACGGAGCAUUGGAGCGUUUAGUGCUGCACUGUAUUCCCUUCCAGGCAAAGGGAUUCAUCCUUAUUAUGAGAAUGUACUCACCCAGUCACUGAUUGGCAUCCCCAUUGCAUUUGUUUCAUUUAUUUAUUGCUGUUGCCUGUGCGGUCUUACAUAUCGAUCAGUCCAGCCCUUUCCAUGGGACACAUCUUAUAUGCUGCCAGCUUGGCGUACGUGUGCGUCAAUUUCCAAAUAGCCUAGACAGGAGUCAGAGCAGGCUACCCAGUGCGACUACUUCUUUUUCUUCCCCGAUCUUAUUAAAUACGCUGCUGAGAGGGCGAGGCAUAUGACUUCUCAGUGGGAACUCCUCCAAAUGGAUUGCAAGAGAAAUACCAAAUUGAUUCUAAAUCUGUUCCAUUCUCUUCUCUGUAGGAUGCAAACUGCCCAGCUUUAAUGUCUAAGCAUGCACUCUCAUACCAGCA